AUGUGUUCUCUUGUAACAACUCCCAUUUAUUUGAAAUGGAUCUAUAUUUUGUUGGAAGACAACGAUAUUUCAGUCAUCAAUAUUGUACACCAACUUUCCUCACAUCAUUACGAAUUGGUUCAACUUUCUCAAGAUAUCGCCAAAAAUUUUGAACUUACAACUUUAGUUGGCGCUUUAAUGUGGUUUAAAAAUAUGAUAGAAACCGUUUAUUACCUCCUUUUUGUGACAGUGAAUGGGACAGACCGGCCCAUUGUCCAUUAUGGGAUCAACAUCAUGUUUUUGAUUUUAAAUUUGUACUGGCUGUUCGUCGUGAUAAGGAUUUACGUCCGAAUCAAAAAUGCAGCGAAUAAAAGUGCGAGUUAUAUUCAUGAAAUUUGGAAUAAAUAUGCACUCAAAAGAGCUAUUGAUACAAAAAUACGAUAUUUACAAUUAACAGCAGUGCAGUUUUAUGCCACAAAAUUAAAUUUUACAGCUUGUGAUGUGGUUUCUCUGGAUUGGAGUUUUUGUCAAAUGAUGAUUGCAUCUAUUACAACAUACGUUGUUAUUUUAAUUCAAUUUCAAAUAUAA